AUGAAUAAAAAAAUAGAAUCCUUAGGAUGCAUUCCUUUUAAAGACUUUCUACUUUUAUUAAACUUACCAUUAACUAUUGAAAUCAAUAUACCAGAUUUUAUCUCAUAUACUGUUUUACCCAAAUCUUGUAAUAGAGAAAAUAAGUUAUCGAUUUCUGAAAUAUUAAAAUAUUGUAUUGAGUAUUGCAUUAAAAAAGAUAUAAAUAAUGUCAUAACCCAAGGAUUCAAAUAUCUUAAUGAACAAUUAUGCAUUGUAGGACCUAAUAAUGUUGUAAGUAAACUUUUAACAUUUGAGGAAUUACUUAAACAUUUAGGAGAUGAGUUAUUUAUUGACAUUAUUAUAAAUUGUCGAUUAUUUGUCGAAAUGCCUGGCAAAGAUGAUAUGAGUAACUUACUCAUGAUUUCAGGAACUUUUAACUCAGAAAAAAAUACUAGGCGCAUAAAUAGGCAUAAACUGUUUUUUAAAAAUAAGGAUAUCAUACAAAUACAUCCAAAAGAUUUGCUACUAGAAUGUAGAUAUAAGGAUAUAAUAAAUGAAGAAGUUUUUGAGAAAAGUGCAAUUAAAUACAAGAAAAAUAAUUUUAGUAAGUUAUUUUAUAAAUAUAUGACAGCUGAUAACCUUAUUGAUCCUCUGAAAUUAAUUAAUUUUUUAUUUUGUGUAUCUAAAAAAGUUUUUUUAAAUAUUUUUGAUAGAUACAAUUUUAGAAUAUUAAAACAGAAAUUAACACUUCUUAUUUAUAAAAAUAAAUUAGAGUCAUUUAGUGAAGAAGAGUUAAUAAGACACUUCAGAAUUGUAAAUUUUAGAUUUUUCAAAAAUAAUGGAAAUAUAUAUUCCAAUAUUGAUUACACCAAUAUGAUGGAUUUUACAAAAAAGUAUUUGGUUUUUUUAUUUAGUGAUUUUUAUAUUCCAUUUAUCAACAAAUUUGUUUAUUGUACUGAAUCAUGCCAAACAAAAUAUAAAUGUUAUUAUUACGUAAGGCAUAGAUGGUAUAAAUUUUCAGAGACAUGCAUAAAUGCCCAUUUAUCAUCUGAUAGAUAUAAAUCUUACUCAAUAAACGAUAAAAAUAAGUGUAUAAAUAAUGUCAGAGUAAUUCCAAAACUAUUAGAAGGUAGAGUAAUUGUUAAUUUAAGUUCAUAUUCAAAUCUUAAUAUUUCUAAUAAUUAUAUUAGUUCGAUUUAUGAAAUAAUUAAAUAUGAAAACAGACAAUUAUUGUCUAAUUCUAUGCUAGGAUUUGAAGAUAUGGAGAAUAAGUUGUAUCCAUUAAUUAAUAAGAAAAAUUUAUAUAUAUUAAAAAUGGAUGUAAAAAAAUGUUUUGAUAAUAUAAAACACAAUUAUUUAGAGCGAUUAAUAGAUAAACUUUUUAAAAAAGAUUAUUAUGUUGUACGAACAUUUAGCGAAUUGGUCGUAAAAAAUUAUAAUAAUUUGUUAAAGAUUAAUAAUAAUUUUUUAAGGCCUACUAAAACUAAAUGUAUUACUGUUUUUAAUGAAUUUUUAGAAUAUCCAGAAUAUUUUAAAAAAUUUUCAGAAAAAAUUUUGCUAGAUGAUAUUUAUGUGAAGGAAUACACACGAGAUGAAAUGGUUAAAAUAGUAAAGCGGGUAUUGUUAAAUAAUAAAAUAUCGUAUAAAAACCAAAUAUUUAAACAGACAGAAGGAAUACCACAAGGUAGUAUUUUAAGCUCGUUAAUAUGUGCUUUAUAUUAUUCGCAAUUAGAUAAAAAGUAUUUUAACAAAGUUAUGAAAGAUGGACAGAUUAUUAGGUUUGUAGAUGAUUUCUUAGUGAUCUCCGAGAAUAAAUCUGAUAUUUUAAAUUUUCUGAAAAUUUCAAAAAAAUUAUCAAAAUUUGGAGUUACAUUUCAAACUAAAAAAACUGAAUCAAAUUUUGAUGUUACAGAAGAAAAUGAUCUUAUUUUAAAAGAUAGUGAAAUAAUUUAUUUAGGUAUGAAAUUUACUACAAUAGGCAAGAAUACCUUUUUAAAGAAUAAUUUAGAUGACAAAAAUAUUAAGUUUGGUAUUUAUUCACCAAGUAAUAACAUAGGACUAUUAAUUAUUAAAAAAAUGAGUAAAUUUAUUGAUACAAGAUCUUGCAUUUUAAUUAACAAAUUAAAUCCCAAAGUAUAUGAGAAUAUAUAUGAUACAUUAGUAUUGUAUGUGUGGAAAUUACAAAUAUUAUUUAAAAGAGCAAUAUUUGUUAAUGAGAACUUUUAUUUAAGGUUAAUUAAUUUUGGAGUAAAAAAAUUAUACUUUUUAUGCAAAAAAAGAGAUAUAAAAAUAAGUCGUACAGUUUUGAGUAAAAUGUGUAGUAAUAUAAUUGACAGAUAUAAAAUGUAA